AUGCGCCUCAUCAACGUAGAUAAAAUGGUGCUGGAAGAGUUUUUUGGCGUCACGAUUCCUCCAUAUGCUAUACUUUCUCACUGCUGGGGACAAGGUGAAGUUACUUUCCAGGAUAUCGGUGGUGGGCCUAAUUGGCGUUUGAAACCUGGUUUCACGAAGAUCGAUCACGCCUGUUGUCAAGCCAAGCUUGAUGGUCAUAAAUAUGUUUGGGUGGACACGUGUUGUAUCGACAAAACUAGUAGUGCUGAACUCUCCGAAGCUAUCAAUUCCAUGUUCAGCUGGUAUGCUGAUGCCAUUGUAUGUUAUGUGUAUAUGCAGGAUGUUGACGUUCUCGAACGGCCCAGUGCCGACGAAACGUGCAAUCAAUUCCAAGUCAGUAGAUGGUUUUCGAGAGGCUGGACACUACAGGAACUCGUGGCUCCGCAAGAAAUCGAGUUCUACGACAAGAACUGGAACAUGAUCGGCACCAAGAGCAAGCUUUUCAAGAUUCUCUCUAGGAUCACUAAGAUCCCAGAGCUUAUCCUGCAGUAUAGAUCACAUCUCCAAAGCGUGGGUGUUGCACAACGGAUGUCGUGGGCUGCAAGAAGGCAAACUACUCGAGUUGAAGAUAUUGCUUAUUGCUUACUUGGCUUGUUCGGCGUCCAUAUGCCACUCUUAUACGGAGAGGGUGGAAAGGCCUUCAUCCGGUUACAAGAGGAAAUCUUGAGGGUCUCAGAUGACCAAUCUCUCUUCGCCUGGGACUCAGCAAAGGAUUCUCCCAAUUUCGGAGUACUAGCACGAUCACCUGCAGCGUUUCAAUUCGCUGGGGACAUUGUCCCCAUUCCCAGCAUGUCUGAUAUUCAUCUUUUUUCCAUGACUAACAAAGGGCUCAGCAUUCGACUUCCACUAUUGGCUCGUGGCAGUGAAGUCAUUGGAUUACUAGACUGUCGUCUCAAGGGAGAUUUUUCAUCUAUCGUCGGAAUACCAUUACUUCAA